AAUGUAUAAUAAUUGCUUUCAAUAUGGCGGAAUAUUUCCUCAGAAGAUAGUAAGAUAAUUUAAUAACAAAAACAAUGGGUCUACAUUUGUGUUUUCUGUUUGUUAUAUAUGUUUUGUCAUCAGUAUCUGGGGACCCUACCGGUUGUUCAUAUGAUGCAUCGACAAUUUUAUUCACCUGUAACGCAAGAAGUUGGAGUUUGCCUCUUGUAUUUUCUGACUUUACAACUGCGCAGCCGCAAAGACUGAUGCUGAAAGAUGUUGAUGGAGAAAUCUCAGCAAGUGCACCAAAUGGACCAGCAUUUUCUGGAUUCAGUAGUAUUAACACUGCAACUUUUGACCCAGACUAUGCGCCAGCCCUAUAUAUCAUGUGUUAUUUCGGAGGGCAGUUAAUUUUGGACAAAGACGCGUUUGCCGAUUUCAGUUACGUUGAAGAAGUCAAAAUCCUAAAUUGUGAUAUUCUAUCCAUUCCAGUUGAAGCAUUCUCUUACUUUGGAGAUGUCAAUCUAUUCCACAUUCAAGGCGGAUCCAUUUCUAAUAUGGUGGCUGAUAGUUUCAAAAAUCUGAACGUAAAUCGAAUGACAACAGUACCGAAUCCAAAGGGAGAGUUCGCAAUUAUUAACUCAGAGCUGACUUCCGGUGCAUUGGCAUUCGGAGCAUUGUUUAAUAUGCCAAACAUUGAACGUGUGCUGAUUGAAAACGCUCACCUAUCAACAGUAACAUCCGACAUGUUCUAUGCUUUAUCAAAGUUAAAUUAUGCUUCCCUGAACUAUAACACGUUUACAACCAUCCCGAACAACAUGUUUGCCAAUGUCUUUGGCCUUGCCUCAGUAGAUAUGUAUGGCAUCAGCUGGGACUGUUCCUGUGACAACCUCUGGUUCUUAGACUAUUUAUCAGAGAACAAUAUCACUAUGAAUGGCGACAUAGUCUGUAGCACGCCUGUUGAUUACGAACAUAAACGUGCCACAAAAUACAACUUGGACACGUGUGUGACAGAUGGGGUGUGUGGUAAAAUAACAGGUAUUGCUAUUGGUAGUACGUGUGUGAGCAUGUUCGAGCUGAUUAACUACAUCCUCUUGUUAAUCACACUCGUCAUCUCAUGUGCAGCUCUUGGUCUUAUUAUCCACACUAAGCGGCAAGUCAGUGACACCAUAGAACCAAACAAACCUGAACAAUCACCUAGCAGGAACACGAGCCAAAACAGAAUUGCAGGAAAUCAACGAGAGCCGCCAUCUUUAGAAGAAUUACAAGCUGGUCCGUUGCCUAGGAAACAAACUGGAGCUACUAUCAGUAACAUGGAUUCCAUAGAUACGGAAGCUUAAUCAACGAAGUGCGUUUACAGCUAUAAAGUAAUCGUUUCAAAGUUAACGAAAAUACAAAUGUAUUAUAUAUAAAGUAAAGUAAUUUGUAGUAUGUUUCAUUUCUAAGUUGUUUUAUUUAUUUAUUGUAUUGUAUGUAAUUGUAUGUUGUAUGUAUUUACCUCUUGUUUCACAUGUAAAUGUGA